AUGUCUGAUUAUCCUUUCUCAGAUCUACAGAAUAAAGUGGCUGAAAUGAAGUUAAAGAAUAAUGAACUCCAAGAGGAACAGAACAACCGAGAAGAAGAGAAUCGAGAAACCAAAGAGAGGUUAGUUACUGUUGAAAAAGACAACAAAGAAAUGAAAGGAGCGCUGAAACAAUACAGAGAGACUUUGGAAGAAUUCCGAAGAGUUUACGAAAGUUCCUAUGAAGAAUACGAAGACAUACGCAAAAAAUACAAUGAAGAACGACAGUGUCGUAAUGAAGCAGAACAAUAUGCAAAGAAGUUGCACCAUGAGACAGAGGUGAUAAAGAGACAAAGCAGGAUUUUACUGUGUCAAGAUUUUGGUGAUGAACGUCUACAGAAGGCCUUGGAUGACAUUGAGCUGUUGAACCGAGAACUUCUGGAGUUGAAGGAUGAAAAAGAGAAAGAGGUCACCAGUUUAAAGGCAGAGAUAGAGUUAUAUAAAUCAAGUGAAGGCAACAUUAAAUUAAUCAAGAAGAACAAGGAACUGGAAGAACAGAACAACAGUUUGGAAAAUAAUUUGGUCCAGCAGCGGGAGCAGUACGAGAGUCUAAGCAAGAAAUAUAGUGAUCUGGAAAAAAUCUAUGAGGACAGCAAACGGCCACCUCCGCCACCACCACCACCGCCUCCACCACCACUACCACCUCAGAAUUCCAAGGGAAAACACUACCACAGUCAAAGAAGAUCUCCACAAGAAAGCUCUUGA